AUGUUCUUGAAUUCCAAAGGAGAAGUUGAAAGUGAACAUUCCCCUCCCUCUUCCCCCAAGAGUAGUUCAUCACACACUUCUUUCCCUUCAAGUGAAGAUGAGAUCAAACAUCAUGAAGGAGGUCUUUUAGUUGUGAGGCGCAUGUUGGGCCAAGUUCCAAAGGAAUUUGAAUCUCAAAGGGAAAAUAUUUUUCAUACAAGAUGCCUCAUCAACAAAAAGACUUGUUCCCUCAUUAUUGAUGGUGGAAGUUGUGUCUAUGUGGCUAACACAAGGGUAGUGGACAAGCUUGGCUUGGACACCAUCCCUCAUGCCAAGCCUUGUAAACUAUCUUGGUUAAGUGAAAAUGGUGAAAUAAAUGUGGAUAAACAAGUUCUCAUCACUUUCUCCAUUGGGAGUUACAAGGAUAAUGUUUUGUGUGACUUAGUGCCCAUGGAAGCAACUCACAUACUUCUUGGAAGGCCAUGGCAAUUUGACAAAAAAGCUUUCCAUGAUGGUCAUUCCAAUAAAUUUUCUUUUAACUUCCAAGGCAAAAGGAUCACAUUACUACCUUUAUCCCCCAAAGAAGUAAAUGAUGACAAAAAACAAAUGUUUGAGAAAAGAAAGGAAGAGAAGGUGCAACUUAUGGCGCACACCAAGGAAGCAAGGAAGAGCUUGAUCUCCUUCAAAGGAGCUAAAAAGGUAAUGCUUUCUCAAAAACAAAUUUUUCUUGCUUAUCCAAGUGAGUCUUCUUGUUCCUUUCAAAACCCUCCUCCUAAGUGUCCUCAAGACUUGUCUAUAGUCUUAGAUGAAUUCAAGGAUGUAUUCCAAGAUCCCCCAAAGGGACUUUCACCUCUAAGAGGUAUAGAACAUCAAAUUGACUUCAUCCAAGGAUCAUCUUUGCCCAAUAGGCCAACCUAUAGGACCAAUCCCGAGGAUGCCAAAGAAAUUCAAAAACAAGUCAAUGAUUUGUUAGAAAAGGGAUGGGUGCAACAUAGUAUGAGCCCUUGUGUUAUGCCUGUGAUCCUAGUUCCAAAAAAGGAUGGAACAUGGAGAAUGUGUAUAGAUUGUAGGGCCAUCAAUAAUAUCACCAUCAAAUAUAGGCAUUUCAUCCCUAGGUUAGAUGACUUGCUUGAUGAGCUUCAUGGUGCAACCAUCUUUUCAAAGAUAGAUUGGAAGAGUGGUUACAACCAAAUAAGAAUCAAGGAAGGAGAUGAGUGGAAAACCUCCUUCAAAACCAAGCACUUUCAUGAGGCUCAUGCAUCAUGUGCUUAG